ACGCGCCUGAAAUCUCAACUUUCUUUUCUUCCCUCCCCUUCCCCACAAGCAAUUAAGGCACUGAAAGCAGCAAUCAUGAAAUACGUGCUCGUGUCUGGCGGCGUCAUCAGCGGCGUGGGGAAGCACGUCUCGUCGAUCAAGGUCGACCCAUAUCUCAAUGUCGAUGCGGGGACUAUGAAUCCCAAGGAGCAUGGUGAAGUCUUUGUCCUCUCCGAUGGCGGUGAAGUCGAUCUCGAUCUCGGAAAUUACGAGCGCUAUCUGAACAUUACCCUGACACGCGAUAACAAUAUCACCACUGGCAAGAUUUACCAGCACGUCAUUGAGCGCGAGCGCAAGGGCGACUAUCUGGGUAAAACCGUACAAGUCGUCCCCCAUAUCACGGAUGCCAUUCAGGAAUGGAUCCAGAGGGUCUCGCGCAUUCCCGUCGAUGACUCGGGCGAGGAGCCCGACGUCUGUAUAAUUGAACUGGGUGGUACUGUUGGUGAUAUUGAGAGCAUGCCCUUUGUCGAGGCUAUGAGCCAGCUGAGGAGACGUGCGGGCAAGAACAACUUUAUGCAGAUCCACGUUUCGUACGUGCCUGUUAUUCACGGAGAGCAAAAGACGAAGCCUACGCAACAGGCAAUCAAGGCAGUGAGGAGUAAUGGUCUGAUUCCAGAUUUGAUUGCCUGCCGUUGUGAACGCGAACUCGAUGCCUCCGCUGUGGAGAAAAUUGCCCAUUUCUGCCAGGUUGAAAACGAGCAGGUCCUUGUUGUCAGGGACAUGCCAUCAAUCUACCAAGUUCCCAUGCUCCUCGAGCAGCAAAAACUGAUUCCCAUGGUUCGCCAAUUCCUUGCUCUUGAACAAGUCACCAUAUCUCCUCAGAUGUUGCAAAAGGGCAACCACACCUGGGCACAAUGGCAGUCGCUUACCGGUCAUGACACGCGAUAUCACGACCCUAUAACCAUUGCCCUGGUUGGAAAGUACGUCGAGCUUCAAGACUCAUAUCUUUCCGUCAUCAAGGCGUUGGAACACGCCACGAUGCGGUGCAGGAAGAAGCUCGAUAUUCGGUGGGUUGACUCUGAUCAUCUAGAGCCAAAAUGUCAACAAUCAGACCCCGCCAAGUUUCACAAUGCAUGGCACGAGGUUGUCAAAGCCUCAGGUAUUCUUGUCCCAGGAGGCUUUGGUCAGCGUGCCACCGAGGGUAUGAUUGCAGCAGCCACGUGGGCGCGCGAGAACAAAAAGCCCUACCUUGGCGUCUGCCUUGGUAUGCAGAUCGCCGUCAUCGAAUAUGCCCGCAAUGUCUGUGGCAUCAAGGACGCUACCUCGGAGGAGUUCAACGGCGAGGCUCAGAACAAGCUCAUCAUGUUCAUGCCAGAGGUUGACAAGACAACCAUGGGUGCAUCCAUGCGUCUGGGUCUUCGACCAACGUUGUUCCAGCCUGGCAGUGAGUGGUCUCGUCUUCGCGCUCUAUAUGCUGGUAAGAGCGAGAUUCUGGAACGACACCGUCACCGCUAUGAAGUCAACCCGGAUUACAUCGACACCCUUGAGAAGGGCGGCCUGAGUUUUGUUGGCAAGGACGAAGCUGGUGUCCGUAUGGAGGUCAUUGAAAUCAAGGACCACCCUUGGUUCGUCGGUGUCCAGUUUCACCCAGAAUACCUUUCCCGUGUCCUGGAUCCAAGCAGGCCCUACCUGGGUUUCGUUGCGGCCAGUGCGGGCAUGCUGGAAGAAAUCACACGCGAUUACCAGAACGGCCCCGAGACUGAUGGUAUCACAAACGGUGUAAAUGGCCUCAAGGUCAGCAAUGUUUAGGUGGAGCAUUGCAGCCGGAAAGACCAGAUCAAUUAGUCAUAUCACUGGGAAAUCGGGAAGUCAGACGGCGGUCAAUGCAUCUGAUGGUGCCAGGUCCGCUCCUCUGCAUAGGCAAACGACAAUUUAAAGGGGCAAUUCUUCUUCAUGUUUUGGAGUUAACGGACCAUGGAUUUUGACGUUCAUUUUGACGGGGUUGGAUAGGAUAGUUUUUGUGGUCACAGGAAGGCAACCUCUGAGACUUGUAAGAAGAAAAAAGACAUGCAUGAUACCUAGAAGAAAGUAGCUUCAUAUCAGUAGAUGAUGACACAACGAAGGAAUGAAUGAGUGGCCUAGAAGAUUUCAUCUUUGGCUAGGAAC